GGCGGCGCUGCGCUUUGUUCGUGGUUUUAUUUAAACGCUGUGAUAUAUAUAUAUACAUCUAAAUAGGAACAGAGAGAGAGAGGGGGAGAGAGAGAGGAGGAGAAGGGAAUGCAAAGGGAACCCACUCUCCUGUGGAGGUCUCAGUGGGAGAAGAAGAAAGAAAGACUUUGCCAUCAAUCAGACAAACCGGACCCCGGAGAUGGGGGAUUACAAUAAGGAGAUGCUGAGGAAGAUUGUUACCCCCCUGGCUGUCAAGAAUGAAGAAAUCCAGAACUUUAUUUACGUGUUGAAGCAAACGCUGCAGAACGUUGAGGCGAAUUCGGAGAAAGCUCUCAAGGACUUGGAUUUGGAAUACACUUCCCUGUACUUCAUUCUAGACCAGCUGAAGGAGGACAUGAUCGCAAAGAUCAAGCAGGAGCGAGCCAGUAAAACCUACGAGUUACAGAAUCAGCUGUGUACCUGCAACAAGGCUUUGGAGAGUUCUGAGGAGCUGCUGGAAUUUGCAGACCAGACUCUGGGCAAAGCGAACUGCGAAGGAUUGGAUCAGGCUGCCAAGCAGAUUAAAGAUAGCGUUACCAUGGCACCAGCGUUCCGGCUGUCUUUGAAGGCCAAAGCCAGUGACAACAUGAGCCACCUAAUGGUCGACUUCUCACAGGAGAGGAAGAUUCUACACUCCCUGAAGUUUUUGCCGGUGCCCGACAUGCCUGAGAUCGACGUUUCCGAGUGUGUGGUCGCUGAUAACUGUGUGACUGUGGUUUGGCGAAUGCCUGAGGAGGACAAUAAGAUCGAUCACUAUGUGCUAGAACAUCGCAAGACCAACCAUGAGGGAGCACCCAGAUUGAAGGAGGACAAUCCCUGGAUGGUGAUGGAGGGGAUCAAAGAGAAGGAAUUUACUCUGUCAGCGAUGAAAUUUGAUACAAAAUACAUCAACGUUCGUGUGAGGGCUUGUAACAAGGCUGUGGCUGGAGAAUUCUCUGAACCCAUCAUAUUGGAGACCACAGCGUUUAGUUUCAAUUUGGACGCUGUGACAGCCCACCAGAACCUGAAGGUGGAGGAGCACAGUGUGGAGUGGGAUGCAUCGGGGGGCAAAGUCCAAGAGAUCAAGGCCCGAGGCAAGGAGAACCGCAGCAGAACGGCUUCUCCGGCCAAUUCCCCUGCACGGAGCGUCAUUCAAUCGCCAAAGAGAUUACCGUCCGGACGACAGAGCCGUGACCGCUUCACUGCGGAGUCGUACACCGUGUUGGGGGACACUUUGAUUGACAGUGGCCAGCAUUACUGGGAGGUCACGUUUGAGAAGGAGAGCAAGGGUUUCCUGGUAGGAGUGGCCUACAGGAGCUUGGGCAAGUUUGACCAGUUGGGGAAGACCAACUCCUCCUGGUGUCUGCACCUUAAUAACUGGCUACAGCUCAGCUUCACAGCAAAGCACAACAACAAGGCAAAGGUUCUGGACAUUAUUGUGCCCGAGAGGAUUGGAGUCUACUGUAAUUAUGAUGAAGGUCACCUGGUGUUCUACAAUGCUCGAACUAAACAGCUUAUUCAUUCGUUCAAGGCAAAAUUCACACAGCCCGUGCUUCCUGCUUUCAUGGUCUGGUGUGGAAGCUUCGUGGUUCACACUGGACUCCAAGUGCCGAGUGUCGUCAAAUCCCUGCAGAAACGUAACAGUGGGACCAGCAGUUCCAAUGCCAGCCUGACCUAACAUUGCUCAACCCUGAGCCCCAACACCCAACCGCGCCAGACUGGGCUUGACACCAGCAAAGCCACUUGUUCCGGUCCUGGAGUAGGGAGAAUGUCGGGGAAACCAGGACUGCGUUCACCAUUGGGGUGCGGGAAGUUGGAUUCGAUGGAAAACUUUCUUUUCUUCUUUAAAACCAAAUGUGUUGCUAUCGCAAAAGUCUCUACAGAUUUUGAAGCCUUCGAAACGGAGAAUGUAGGACCCAGCUUCCGUUUCUAGUCCGCGUCUUGGUUUCUGCACCGGAAUGUUUAAUGUCCGUAAUGGAUUUGGGAAUGUAUUUGGGAUUUUUUUUAUAUAGGAAAAGAGAAACUCACACAAUGUACUGUACAAGAAUUGGCCAUUUCUGUAAAUUGUUCUGGGCAACCAAUCCAACCGGGUUCGUCAGUCCAUUUUCGGAGACUUAAGAAGGAAUACAUGUGACCUCGUUCAGGGCCUUGUCUUUUUUUCCUCCUCCAGGGGUAGUUGAGGCAUCUCUUAUGAGUGUGGGAGUGGGGGAGCAGCCCAUUUAACAACAGUCUCUUGAGCAGUUAUCUUCAACUCCAUGUUUGGCAAAAGCUCCAAUUCAACUGUGAGAAUGUCUAUUCUUAUCUCUUCUCAGUCAGGUUAGGAAGAAACCUCUUC